AUGACUCGCAUAGAGGCCAAGGUAUCUUAUGGGGACCUGUUUAAAGCAACUGAAGGGUUCUCUUCAGGAAAUUUGAUUGGUUCAGGAGGUUAUGAGACUGUUUACAAAGGAAUUCUCCACAGUGAUACUAUUGCGGUGAAGGUACUUAACGUUCAACAACGAGGAGCUUCCAAGAGUUUCAUGGCUGAAUGCAAAGCUAUGAGAAACAUCCGACAUCGCAAUCUCAUUAAGAUCAUAACUGUCUGCUCAAGCAUGGAUUUUAAUGGUAAUGAUUUCAAAGCUCUAGUAUUUGAAUUUAUGCCAAAUGGGAGUCUGGAGGAAUGGUUGCAUCCAGGAGAAGAGAAAAAAGCGUGA